AUGGAGACCGACACACCGACCGAGGGCGGUCGACGCGCCAAAUUCAUGGGCAAGAUGUUCGGUAAGCUGAACGAAAGGGCCGCCGGAAAGGAGCGCGAUCGUCAAUACAAGACGGAGCAGAGUGCCAAUGAUCUCUCGGCUUUCUUGGGCGGCGGCAACGCGGACAAGCUUCAGGUCGUACAUCCGCCUCCGCCCCCGCCUGCCCACGGCCACCGCGAAUUCGAGGCCAGGCAGCCUCAGCUAGCCCUUGAUACGAGCCGAGCGAUGCGCUAUCCCGGUGCCCUCGAUGCGGACGACCCUCGCCAGCAGCAAUCCGGCUACAGAUCGAGAUCACACAGCCCACCGAGGGUCCGGAAGAACAAAGGUCUGGUUGUGCGCUUCGCCGACAGCUACCCCGAGGUCAUUGGUGAGGGCGGCGACGAGUGCGAAGCAGCCACCCAGGAGAUAGGCCAGAGGAAGAGGUCCAAGUCUGCACCAAUUGCGGCACCGAUACCGCCCACGAAGCAGGGCCACGAGUAUGCACGACAGGUUGGCGCUUUCCAAGAAGCCAAACCACGAAACGACGACAACGGGUUCAUGCCAGGGCCUCUACGGCGAACGCAAACCGGCUAUGCGGUGCCAGCAGGCGAGCCAGGCAGAACUCGCUUUUUGGACACGUCAACUCGAAAGGACGAGGCGAGACGCUCUUUCAUCGAAAUACACCAGCAUGAGCAGCGGCAGGCAGAGGGAAUGGCCUUCGCUGAGGCAAUGCGGUCUGCCAGUGUCGAAGCACAGGGAUGGGACCACGGUAGCUCAUCUCCUGAGCCCGUACGAGCAUCACCGCAGAAGCCGAUCAGAAUGGAUAUUCCGGCGUCGAGAGAUGUUGAUGAACUGCAGCUGAACACAAAAAUAGGCUCGGACAGCCCAGCCUCGUCUUCCUAUUCUGGCUCUGUUUAUUCUACGUCUGAUUUAUCUCACAAGGCUACUCCUGUCACCCAAAAUCCGCGAGACAGAGGCUGGAGUGCGACGUCGACAGCGUCGCCAGAGAACUCACGGGAUAGGGGUUGGAGUGCGACAACAGCGUCACCAGAGAAGCCACCAGUGUUGAGGAAAUUGUCGUCUCAACCUCCGGAAAAUGAUGAUGCCUAUGACGAGUUCGUUGUUCGCACAAAACACCUCUAUGAGCUAUUCCGCUUGCACGCAGAGCAGUUCAAGCCUCUUGGAAGCAGCAAACCAGAAGACAUGAUCCGAGCUGCGUUAUGGUGGUUCUUGAAAGGCAGAAUAGCUCUCGAAACCGCCAUACGAAGCCGGGGCGCAGAUGUUGACGAGACUAAGAGCCUCAUGAACAGAUACCAAGCAUAUACCGACCUGACUAAGGGAUACUGGCUCACGGAACGUGCGCUUCCAGAAAUCUCAGAGGGCAAGUAUAGCCUGGACGAAGGCGAAAUUGGCGACGUGAGGCAGAUUUUGGCGACGAAUUUGAAGAAGCUGGCCGGGUCAAUGAAGAGAAAUGGUUUACUUCCGCCCGACGAGCCGUUCAUGCCUCAGAUGAUGGACAAAUCGAUAUGGAUUGAAUAUCCAUUAAUAAGUCAGGAUAUCAUAUCGCUGCUGAACGGAAAUUGGGGGUCUCUGCUAGCUCAAACUUCGCAAACAAAGAAGAUACCCGCAGUAGAAGCGCUUCCUCUCGGAGAUUCGCCAACCUUGUUCAACUACGGGCGGGUAAGUGCCGAGGUUUACCUGAUGGAACAAGGACUGGAAUCCAUGCACACUUAUUUCCCCUGCAUGCUCUCGAUCAACCGAGACCAGAAGGACUCGACACUCAUGUUUACCAUCGCAAGUCAGAACGGCACAGUGACACUGUGUAUACAGUCGGACAAAAAUGCCGGCCCUAGCUGGGAAAACGUCAGAUGGCGCACCGAUAAAUGCUUAUUGGAACUGAAGAUGCCUCGUGGCUUCAUGGUAGCGGUACAGUGCUCGCAAACCGAUUUCCGCAUGCUGUGGAACAUCUUCGACUUCAACGCCAAAGUGCAAAGCUAUCUAUAUCCGAAGAAGGACGAGCUUGUCGCAUUCCGAACAAAGCUCAAGGGUUUCCAUUAUUUCGACGCGGAUCCCAACGGGCGGACCUUCCCGAAGGAGGCAGUCGGUCAGUGCGAGUUGGGCCUGUAUGAAAAACUACUGAAGGAGGGAAGCCCAACAGGACCGAGGACUUUCCACAAAGGGUUCCGUCUCGCUAUCGUCACUGGCCCGAAGACAAGAACGUUGAGCGGUGUUACGCAUUUCUAUUCGCCUCAGCUGCCAAUUCAAUAUGCAUACUUGCGUGGCGAACAGCGUGAACCGAUGAUCCAGCUAGCGUAUACCGACGGCAAAGGUAAAUGCCGGAUGGUUUUGAUCUUCAAUGAUGACACCGAGCGUGAAAAGUUCAUCACGCUGAUGAAAGGUAGCUAUGUACACAGCGACGAAGAGUUGGUCGCCGAAGUCGCGAUUCAAGGAUUCAGCAUGGCAGAAAACAUGCAAGAUGCAAAGGGCGGCUUCAAGGCUCUGCAAAAGCUACCAUGGCAGCUUGCAAGGAUAGUGAACGACAAAUAUGCAGGUGACACACCACCAACCGUCUUGGCCGAGAAACUGAGACUUGAAAUCAACUCGUUAGAUGCAAAAUCAGCGUCGGUUAGUACCAUUAUCGACAGGAUUAACAUGGCACCUGGCGAGUUCAAGUUCAGAUUGGGCACCAAAGACAUCCUGACACUUUUUGUAUUCCGAAAUGCGCAGUUCGACAUGACUGUCUCGGUGUUAGAUCGGCCAGGUCUCUCAGAUGCACCACGUGAAUUUUCUGCGCUGCAGAACUCACUCGUUCAAUCACAAACGGUACGGACGUAUCGAUUUAACUCAUUCAAGGAUCUGCACGCGUUCCAAUCCGGCUUGACAGGCUAUGAUGUUGUAUUUGACGGCGUAGCGCUCUCCCUUAACAUCACGCGCCGACGCAUGGUUGUACCCGUCCACAAGAAAUGGGACUCGGGUACUGCGCGAAUUCAAGUGGUUCAGCACGCUUCAGAUGGAACGCUUCAGCUUCUUGCUUUCUUCGAAGAUUGGAGUCAUGGGCACUGCAUGGGCUUCGUACUCAAGGGCACAGACACAUACGAGGCUUCUGGGAAGAUGGGCAAAGCUGCCAUCAAAUUCGUAGAGGCCAAAUUCCCAUUGCCCAAAGGUGGAUCUAAGGGUGGUGAUGCAGGUGAGAAAGGAGUGGCGGGGCCAAAGGGAGAUGAGACCAAAUUUCUCUGUCUUGAUAUGCCGGAUUACGCAGGCGAGCACGAUGAUAUCAGUAUCGUGUUCGAAGAUGAAGCAGAAAGAGAUAAGUUAUGCGCUGUUCUGCCUGCCCCGGUGAAGGGAUCGAGGCUGAGCAAGGUUGGUCAAUAA